UUCUCUCCAGUUAACCCCACGAACGAGCUAUAAAAACCUCACCUUGGAUCUUGGUGCUCUUCGCCGCCAUCUCCGCGAAGCGAGAGCCAUAUUCGGAGCUCGGAUAAGCCCCAUUCCUUGCUUGUUAUGCAGCAGAAGGGGAGGUCGCAUAACCGCAGAUCCCGAAGCUUCUCUCGAUCUCGCCUCGCCAUCGAGGGCGCUUAGCUUCUUCGCCUUUGCUUCCAAUAUCGUUUGUUUUUCGCGUCAAUGGCGAUGGCUGAUGGUGGGGCGGAGAGGGAGGUGCAGAAGAGCUAUUGGAUGGAGCAUUCCAAGGAUUUGACUGUCGAGGCUAUGAUGCUCGACUCGCGUGCUGCGGAUCUCGACAAGGAGGAGCGCCCUGAGGUACUUUCUCUACUUCCACCAUUUGAAGGAAAGUCUGUGUUGGAGCUAGGAGCUGGUAUUGGUCGAUUUACCGGUGAAUUAGCAAAAGUGGCUGGUCAUGUUCUAGCACUUGAUUUCAUUGAAAGUGUGAUCAAGAAGAAUGAAAGUGUAAAUGGGCAUUUUGGAAAUACGGAGUUUAUGUGUGCUGAUGUAACAUCCCCAGAGUUGAAGAUGGAAGCUGAAUCUGUGGAUUUGAUUUUCUCAAACUGGCUCCUAAUGUAUCUGUCUGAUAAUGAGGUUGAGAAUUUGGUGGAAAGGAUGGUAAAGUGGGUAAAAGUUGGAGGAUUUAUUUUCUUCAGAGAAUCUUGUUUCCAUCAAUCUGGGGAUUCCAAGAGGAAAAUCAAUCCCACACAUUACCGGGAACCAAGGUUUUACACCCAGAUCUUCAAAAAUUAUCAUACUUGCAACAGCUUUGAUGAUUCUUUUGAGCUAUCUCUCAUCACUUGCAAGUGCAUUGGAGCAUAUGUGAGGAACAAAAAAAAUCAAAAUCAGAUAUGCUGGUUGUGGCAAAAGGUCAGAUCAACUGAUGAUAGGGGUUUCCAGCGAUUUUUGGAUAAUGUACAAUAUAAAGCCAAUGGAAUCUUGCGCUAUGAACGUAUAUUUGGAGAAGGUUUUGUGAGCACAGGGGGAAUUGAAACCACGAAAGAAUUUGUUGCAAAGCUGGAACUCAAACCUGGGCAGGAAGUCCUUGAUGUAGGGUGUGGCAUUGGAGGAGGUGACUUUUACAUGGCAGAGAACUUUGAUGUCAACGUUGUCGGCAUUGAUCUCUCCGUAAACAUGGUUUCAUUUGCUCUUGAAAGUGCCAUUGGCCGUAAAUGCUCUGUUGAAUUCGAGGUUGCAGAUUGCACGAAGAAAGCAUAUCUGGAUAAUUCAUUUGAUGUGAUCUACAGCCGUGACACUCUCUUGCACAUACAAGACAAACCAUCAUUGUUUAAAAAGUUCUUCAAGUGGCUGAAACCGGGCGGAAAGGUCCUGAUAAGUGACUACUGCAGAAGCUCUGGAACACCAUCCCAAGGAUUCGCUGAAUACAUCAAACAAAGAGGAUAUGAUCUGCAUGAUAUCAAGGGUUACAGCAAGAUGCUUGAGAAUGCUGGUUUUCACGAGGUUGUAGCAGAAGAUCGAACUGAUCAGUUUAUGCAAGUUCUUCAAAGAGAAUUGGAUGCUGUCGAAAGGGAUAAAGAUGCAUUUAUUCAUGAUUUCUCGGAGGAAGAUUAUAAUGAAAUUGUGGAUGGAUGGAAAGCAAAGCUAAAGAGGACAUCAAAUGGUGAGCAGAAAUGGGGCCUCUUCUUUGCCAUAAAGAAAUGAAGCUUUUAUCGAUGAAUCAUCCUAUUUUUAAUAAAGCUCAUGCAGAGCAUCUCUAAAAGACAUUGAAAUUAUUUAAUAUAAGUUUAUUGUGAGAUUGAAUGCAGUAAAACCAUAUGAACUUGUUAUCUUGCAUUAUAUAAGAAUGCAAAGUCUCAGACUUUUAAGUAUCA